GCUUUCUGACAUUAUCAUUUAAACAGCCAUGCAAAUACCUCAAACAAUUAAACAAACAAUUUAAAUUCAAACGAAAGCGCGCUGUUUAUAUAUGGCGCAGUGGUGAGUUCGAAGGUGGUGAGUUUGUAGGGGUAGAAUGGGGAAUUGAUAAAGGCGCCAAUAAAGUUGACCGGCAAAAGCGAAACGAACAAGUGGCCAGAAGCAGAAAAACGCCAAGGAUUUGGCAAUCAAAAUCAGUACGCACACUGGAACCCAAAGUCUGGGCAUCCCAAUAGUAACGUAUAGCGCAAAUUUAUCCGGAUGGCCAGCAAGCGGCUGAUGCUCGAUGUGGAGGAAGAAGAUGAGGAGAGUGGAGCGUGUGGUCAGGAGAAUUUAGAUCCCCAUGAUGCUGAUGUGGAAUACCAGGCCAAGAGACGCAAGUCAGCCUUGCAGGAGACUCCUCUGCAAAGGAUGCUCAAGCGACAUGUUCUCGCCAGCGCCAUUCUAUCGCCCAUCACCGAAUUAUCGCAGAAUAUGCAGGGAGCCCGCCUGGAAGGCACUCCCAAGUCCACCCAGAGAAUUCCAACCACCAGGAGCCUAAAUACCUUUAAUAGCCUGUCCUCGCGAACCCUCAGCAGCUUCAGUAGCUCUUGCUCGAGUUACGAGUCGGGCAACUCCCUGGAUGAUGAGUAUAUGGCCAUGUUCGAAAUGGAAUCAGCCGAGAAUAACAAUCUUGAGUUGCCCGAUGACCUGGAAGUCCUCCUCAGCGGACAGCUGAAGACUGAAAGCAAUUUAGAGGAGUCGUCCAACAAAAAAGGUUCUCUGCGUCGCUGCUUAAGCAUGUAUCCCAAUGAACAAACAGAGGACCCAAUUCAAACACAGGAUCAGGAGAGCAACAUGCCCGUCAAGAAGCUGCAACGGAAAACCCUGUCAAUGAACGACGCCGAGAUCAUGAGCGCACUGGGUGAUGAACCAGAGUUAAUCGGAGAUCUCAGCAAGCCAUGUACACUGCCCUGUUUGGUGACAGGCAUAAGGCAUCGUGAUCUAAAGACCAUCUCCAGCGACACGUUGGCCAGACUGAUUCAGGGCGAGUUUAAUGAUCAAUUGGGAAGCCAGGGCGGCUACGAGAUCAUAGACUGCCGAUAUCCUUACGAAUUCCUUGGCGGGCACAUACAAGGGGCUAAGAAUUUGUACACACGUGGACAGAUACAGGAGUCGUUUCCCACGCUGACCUCCAAUCAGGAAGAUCGUCGCAUCUAUGUGUUCCACUGUGAGUUCUCUUCGGAACGGGGUCCCAAGCUAUUGCGCUUCCUGCGAAGCAACGACAGAAGUCAACAUGCCCAUAACUACCCGGCACUGGACUAUCCUGAACUUUAUAUCCUGCACAAUGGCUACAAGGAGUUCUUCGGCCUCUACUCGCAGCUGUGCCAGCCCAGCCAAUACGUGCCAAUGCUGGCCCCGGCGCACAAUGAUGAGUUCCGGUAUUUUCGGGCCAAGACCAAAUCCUGGCAAUGUGGCGAGGGCGGAGACAGUGGGAUCGGCGGUGGAGGCUCUCGGGGCCUCCGUAAGUCACGUUCUCGACUACUCUACGCCGAGUGAAGUUUUCUGGCUAUAGAUAUAAUUCUCGAACCGAUACGCCUGCCUUAAGCUCACAGAGAUCUCAAUGAGAACGAUGGCUGCUCACUCUUACUCAUAGAAUAUUUUGUAUUAUUUAAGGACGCAAAUUUUUAAGUUCAUUUCUUGUUGCGUUGUUCAAAUGUUGUGAAAGCACUUUAGAUUUAUUUAGUUCCUGAUUUUGGAUUAUGUUCCGCGUUGUGUGAACACGAAGACCAAAACAGUUCCACCAAAUAUGGGAACAAGAACAGAAAUUGGAUAAAUGUUCUCUAGUCAGUGAAUGUGAAAGUUUCAAAAUUAAUUAUAGUUUAUUUUUGUGUUCGGCAUUUAAAAGUUAACUUAAGAAAGCAUUUCGUGUUUAAUUUUAGUGUUAAUAAACCAAAUCGAUUUAAUUAUGUAAAAAAAAUGUAUUAAAUCUUUAAGCAUAAUAAUCUAACUAACUUCUUGCUUUAAUAACUCCAAAGAAUAAUGUUUAUGUAUAAAUACAAACUAUGGUGAAACUA